AAGUCGCCAGCGACUAACAGGGCACUAGUAGUCGAAACAAGUCCCUCCAGAAAAGAACUAAACUCCUCCAAAAACAUUCUGACCGUGAAUCCAUUCCCAGGACUAGGUGGACCUCGGUAAAUAACGACAAGCCUAAGAUUAUGAUUGUAAACUGAUGUAAUAUGAAUAUUAAUGAGUUCAAAACUCCUGUGGAUCAUUUGUACACCCCUCUUGAUCUUAAAACAUCUCCUGUAAACUAGAGCAACUCCACCACCGUCAGUAUAAUUCCUCGGUAACUGCUCAAUGUUAUGCCCUUCAGGACAAAUGUCACUACAGUAGAAUUCGUCCAAAGAAUCAUCAGUGAGCCACGUCUCAGUGAUGGCGAAUAAAUCGAUAUCAUGUAGAUACUUUGUUCAUGUAGAUACUUUGUUCAGUAAACUCUGGAAAAGCGUUAAUUUCUUGUUCAAACGCCUCUUUUUCCUACUGUACGUAAAUCAUCAUUGUUAUUUUUUAUGAUGCACCCAAAACAAAGUAGUUGUGGUUCAUGACAAGCCCGGUCCUGCCUGUGCCCCGGGUUGGCGAAUAGACUGCCAGUUGGGAAAAAAACUAAAUUUAAAAUCAUGCCCGGGGGGGAUGCCCGGGAGAAUGGUAACAUGUGGAAUUGAACCAUGCAUGAGUACUAUCAUUACUAAAUAAGUAGUACCUUGUGAAAAUACUGAGGAAAAGGUUUCAAUUGAAUGGUGACAGGCAAUCUCAAAAACUCUCUUACUGGGGUCAUUACUUGUCCUAACUCUGUGAAUGAAAAGGUUAACACGGAGGGUAUGUUCUUUAAUGCAGGAAAUGAAAGCAUGAACAUGCGCCAAAAAUCCGAUGCCCCUGAUGAAAAGCAUGAGGAGGCUUGUAGAACUUCAGAGCAACGACAUCCAUUUGAGAAGAGAGAGAAAACUUUAGGAACAAAUGAAGCUGAAUCUUCACCGAAGAAGGAACCUCUUGAAAACUGGUGGCCAAGUCUUUCAGAAUCUACUUCUGACCCAGGUAUGGAAUAUAUCAACUUCGCCUGCUUAUAUACUUGUUAGUCAUUCAUGCGAAUGUUCCCUGUUUCCAUUUGCUGCUCUGAUUUUACUUAUGUUAAAUUCUCUAUAUCUGGUUCGACUUUAUGCAUUCAUGGGCACCCGCUAAAUGUGUAAAAAAAUAUCGAGGAAACGUUCCCUCAGCUGGAGAAUGACUAGGCAAGUACUUUUUUGCCAUAUUGAUUUUUUAACUUACACGUAAUAGAGUCUAUUCAUUUGUUUCCUUUGUUGUCCCAUCCGUUAGAUAACGUGUUCUUUCCUGCAGAUUUUAUCCCUUGUCUUGUUAGAAAUAUAAUGUGCCUGUCGGCGAGCAUGGAUAUGAGAAUGCUCCCUUGAGUACCGUAUUUAUUCCAUUAAACGCCGCCCUCGAUUACACGCCGCAGAUGGAAGCAAAAUUAUCAAUGAACACGGUCCUCGAAUAAACGCCGCACCCAAUCAGAAGAAUGCGGCGUCUAUUCGAGGAUAAGAGAAAAAAAUCAGUACAACUUGGUAAUGUACACCAUCUGGACAAUUACGAUUCUAUAUCAGCAAUAUAAGAUACAGCUAGAUAUUGGAACCUUUAAAGAACAUAAUAUUUAAUAACCAUUUACAGUAACUGUUGUCAGUGAUUUAAGAAAAGUUAUUUUGAAACAAACGCCCCAUCGGAAACGCGGAAAUUUUAUAAAACGCUGCGAUGUUUAAUCGAAUAAAUACGGUAACUGUAUCAUCAGAUGAUCUAUAUUAGGGCAACAAGUCAUGUAGCAGCUGCUCGGAAGAGAAGUCACCAAUGGUGCCUAUAACCCUGUCCCCAAAUAAUACUGAAACAAUUGAAAGAAUGACAUGCAUGUCAUUGUUUCUUGCGACCAAUCAGUGGAGACCUUACGAGCAGCUCCUACACUAUCCAAACAAAGCAAAGAAGUGACUAUAGGUCUAGCAUCGGCUCGCCCACAUUACGUCUGGACAAGCAUGGCCUCCUAGGCAGGCGUUUUUAGGGGAGCUCGUCUUUCAUCCCUCCCCACAAACGCCGUUUGUGGGGAAGGAUGAAAGACGAGCUCCCCUAAAAACGCUUGCGUGGGAAGGCUAGGACAAGCACUACUCUUAAGUAGCUCUUCAGGCCCGAUGGUGGGGAAUUUUUAGAAGCGGUCAGCUUUCCCGGGGGUAUAGGGGAGCUAAACAAAUUUCCAAAAAAAAAAAUAAUAAUAAUCAACUUUCGUAAAGUUCAUCAUUCUUCGGAUGACAUGAUGGCACCGGACCGCGUGGAGAAGACCCCCGAGACUUUUUACUCUCAGGCAGACUGGAUAGGAAAGGAUAACUUCCCAAAAUUAUAAUGUGUAUCCGAAGGUACGUUUGUUACAAACUGUCAAGCAAAUGUACUCGAAGCCGUGCUCGAAUGUAUCGUUAUGAUCUAUUUCUGUUUGUUCACCGGUCGUUAAUUCCUUUCUCUCAAGGAAGUGCAGUGGGAGGCGAUAUUAUACAUGUACAUGUAGAUACUUUGUUCAAUAAACUCUGGAAAAGCGUUAAAGUUCUUGUUCAUUAACGCCUCUUUUUCCUAUUGUACGUAAAUCAUCAUUGUUAUUUUUAUGAUGCACCCAAAACAAGGUAGUUGUGGUUGAUGACAAGCCCGGUCCUGCCUGUGCCCGGGGUUGGUGAAUAGACUGCCAGUUGGGAAAAGAAAACUAAACUUCAAAUCAUCCCUGGGGGCAUGCCCGGGAGAAUGGUAACAGUUGGUAUUGAAUCAUGCAUGAGUACUAUCAUUACUAAAUAAGUAGUACCUUGUGAAAAUACUGAGGAAAAGGUUUCAAUUGAAUGGUGACAGACAAUCUCAAAAACUAUUACUGGGGUCAUUACUUGUCCUAACUCUGUGAAUGAAAGGGUUAACACGGAGGGUAUGUUCUUUAAUGCAGGAAAUGAAAACAUGAACAUGCGCCAAAAAUGCGAUACCCCUGCUGAAAAGCUUGAGGAGGCUUGUAGAACUUCAGAGCAACGACAUCCAUUUGAGAAGAGAGAGAAAACUUUAGGAACAAAUGAAGCUGAAUCGUCACCGAAGAAGGAACCUCUCGAAAACUGGUGGCCAAGUCUUUCAGGAUCUACUCCUGACCCAGGUAUGGAAUAUAUCAACCUCGCCUGCUUAUAUACCUAUUAGGUAUUCAUGCGAAUGUUCCCUGUUUCUAUUUGCUGCCGUGAUUUCAUUUAUGUUAAAUUCUCUAUAUCUGGUUCGCUUUUAUGCAUUCACGGGCACCCGCUAAAUGUGGAAAAAAUAUCGAGGAAACGUUCCCUUAGAAGGAGAAUGACCAGACAAGUACUUUCUUUCAUAUUAAUUAUUCAACGUACACGUAAUAGAGUCUAUUCAUUUCCUUCCUUGUCCCAUCGUAGAUAACGUGUUCUUUGCUGCAGAUUUUAUCCCUUGUCUUGUUACAAAUAAAAUGUGCCUGUCGGCGAGCAUGGAUAUGUCCAUUUAAAAUGAGAAUCUCCCUUGAGUACCGUAUUUAUUCGAUUAAACGCCGCCCUCGAUUACACGCCGCAGAUGGAAGCAAAAUUACCAUUGAACGCCGCCCUCGAAUAAACGUCGCACCCAAUCAGAAGAAUGCGGCGUCUAUUCGAGGAUGAGCGAAAAAAAUCGGUACAACUUGGUAAUCUACACCAUCCGGACAAUUACGAUUCUAUAUCAGCAAAAUAAGAUACAGCUAGAUAUUGGAACCUUUAAAGAACAUGAUAUUUAAAAACGAUUUACAGUAAAUGUUGUCAGUGAUUUAAGAAAAAAUAUUUUGAAACAAACGCCGUAUGGGAAACGCUGAAAAUUUUAUAAACGCGGUGUAUAAUCGAGUAACUACGGUAAGUGUGCCAUCAGAUGAUCUUCGAAAUCGACGAAAUCGAAAUUUCGGGUGAAUUGUGCACUUUUUGAUCCAAGCACGAAAUCUGGCACACUGAUAGUAGUCACCAAUACAAGCAUUUCAGAUAUAGUGCCUAACCGGAAUUGCUGGUUUCAAUGAAAACCGCAACUAAUUAAAAUUCAGGAAUGUUUAAUGAAUUCAUUUUUCCUUGUUUAUCAAGACAUAUUAACAUUUCAGUCAGUGAUACCAAUCUGUUUACCACGUACGUCUUGUUUAUCACACGCCAUCAAACCGUAACUAUGCGUUUCCAUGGCAAUGGUAGGCAACGGAAAGCUAAAAACUACAACUGAAACGGCUUCAUAAAAUUAAUGUGCCUUUAGUUGGUUUGAUUUUUAUAUGUAAAAGAACUAUCAUCUUUUCUCAUAGCUUCGUUGUCUAUUUGAUUUCACGUUUUCGUUACGAAAUAAACUUAAGGUGAUUCUCUAGUUCUGCAAUGCACACCUCUCACUGCGCAUAACAAGAUGGCCGCCGUGAAAUAGAGCUUGUGCGGAAGCAUUAUUAAAAUGACGUCGAUCGAAGAGAAACGUUAAUGGAUUUUCCAUAGCGGUUUUCUUUUCGGUAGAGUCAAGUAAGAGCAGGUUGGCUGAAGGUGAAGCUAAAAACGGAGAUGCAAUUUCUCCCGGAAUUAGUACAAACAAAAGAUGGUAAAUUAUCUAGAGACGGAAAGCCAGAUCAAAGUGAGAGUGUCAACGGAGUUGAAGCACAAUUGGGGGGGGGUAGGGCUGGCUGUAUCAAGAAAACUGACCCGUACAAGGGAACUGGUGCCAACAACCAGUGGGAAAUGAAAUGUGUUUACAAGAGACAUUUAAUUCCUAUUUAAUGUAGAGUUGCUUGUUGACAAGUUAAUGAAAUGCUGAACUCUUUCCACACUCUCACAAUUUUUUGUGGAUAAAAUUGAAUCUGUAGCACAUUACAUUUUUCACCUGGCAUUACAGCCUUUUUGAAAUAAUUCAGUUUUAACCAAAUUGAUUGUUCUUUUACCACCAAAGAGAAAAGAUAGGUAAGUGUUCUUAAUGCUAAAUAAGAAAGAUGUUUCACCGAUAGUUUUCUUUUCUGUAGAGUCAAGUAAAGGCAGCUUGGC